AUGAAGGAUUAUGGAUUGCAAAAAAACGGAAACGGAAAGCAGGAAAGGCUUAUUAAUGACUACCUAAAGAAGGGUAUAAAUCCGGUACCUGAAUAUCCAUACCUAGAUGAGCCUACAUGGAACGCUUUUGUUCAACUCAAAACAUCACCGAGCUUCCAGGAAAUAAGCAACAAAGCUACAACGACUGCAAAGUUGAAUAAGUAUCCGCCUCGGAUAGACCCACGUGGUUAUCGUGGUAUGAAACCUCAAUGGGAAAAAGAGAUGGAGUCUGGUGAGGCAACGAAGUUCCAUAAUAUAAGAAGUGAACGUAUUGAAAAAGAUACCCAAUUAUCUCAUGGAGAUUGGUUUCCUGGACCUGGAGCCGAUGUGCUUACAGAGGUAUUAGGACCCGAGCAUCAAGAUAUUAAGGAGAAGAUAAAGAUCAAGGUGGAGGCUAUGAUGGAGGCCAAAAUGGAAGCCAAGAUAGAAGAGAUGAAUGCUCAGAUGGAAGAGAUGAAAACAUAUAUGCAACAGUUUCUCUCAAAGAAUGAAGGCAUACACAUUACCAGUCCGGUGUUGAAGAAAAAUAGUGUUGUCUCGACUGUAUCAAAUGAGUUGGAUGGGAUAAAGACUCCUACUGCUUGCGAGUUAGUGAUACCAUACGAUACGAUGAACCAAAAAUGUGCAAAAGGGAUGGUCUUUCCAUAUGGGAAUGGACAAAUACAUUCAGUUCCUUUAAAUGCAAAUCAUUUGAAGGUAUCCCUAGACAAGAUCUAUGACCAAUAUGAUUGUAUCCCUCUUCCCGUCUCGACCGAAGAAGCGAUAAUCUACCCUAACCAAGGCACAGGGUAUAUCCUGGAUUCCCAAAAAAAUCCAGAUGAGAAGCCCGUGGAGAACUACAUAAUCGUGAAAUAUGUCGAAGAGGCUGUUGCAAGGCUUAAGGAAGAUAUCGACACAACACAUCCAAUGAAAUGGACACUUGUCGAGGUAAAAGUACUUCAUGGGUACCUUGAACCUGCUUCUUGUUAA